GCCGCCGAGUCGAUCAGUCGCAGUCGCAUUCGCAGGCAAGCUCUGAUUAAUCAUUCGUCGUCGCCGGGGCUUAUCGCGUGUUAGAACGAGAUAGCCGCACGUGAUAGGUGAACUCGCGCGCAUUCCGUUAUCAGCGAGAAACAAUGUGCUCUGUGUCAGUUAGUAGUUAGUAGCAGAUUAUCAGGACGGAAGGUGGCCUCCGGCUCUCGCUCUCACUAUCGUGUAUCCAUAAUCUUCAUCAACUGUGAUAACCGAAGGACAAAGUGUUUCAUCUCAGGUGAUAACAAUAGUUGAAACGCAGUGGCCCGGGUCUUAUAAGUGGUAAAUCAGCUGGAGACAGUCUAUUUUAGAUCCUGGUCUGUCACCGAGAGGUGAGAAGUUGAAUAACGAGUUGAACCGAGGCGCGUGUGUUAGAAACCGGAAUUGUCACAACACGCUCCACAACACGCCUUCAUCAUAAUGGUUCAAGUUCGGCCGCUGGUUCUACAUUGUCGCCGUCGUCGCCGCCGCAGCCACUGCUAGUUUCUCUAUUUGUUUUAAACCCUUUCUUCGCACACACAUGCGUAUUCGCUUCAAGCUUGAAGCUUCCAGUCAUGAAUGAAGAUAAGAGUGUGGAGUGAAGCGCAUACCGCCAUUCAGUCGCCGUACAAAUCGUUGCUAUCAUCGAAACGAAUGAAAUUAUAAAACGAAACAGAAGUAAAUAUCCGCGAGUGAGAAGUUAGUGAUCUCAGUUACCGAAUGUAGUGGUAGUGUUGAAUUUCGACAAUAGUCCAAUAGUGUCCUAGUGGUAGGAUAAGUUAAGCUCACAAAAAUGCCGUCCACCGCAAGGACCGAGAAUAGAACCCGUGAUGGGCAUGUUUUGGUGUGGGAGCAAGCCGGUAUCUCUGAGGAUGGAACAGCUCCAGAUAAAUGUCGCUUCGGCACGCGGCACUAUGUCGUGUUUAUGCUGUUCCUGGGUAUGGCCAAUGCCUAUGUGAUGCGAACCAAUAUGUCGGUGGCGAUUGUGGCCAUGGUGAACCAUACCGCGAUCGAGCACGAUGCGGAAAUCUUCGACGACGAGUGUCCGGAGACUGACUACGGUGACGAGAGCGAAAACGAACACAGGGACGGAGAGUUCCUGUGGAGUUCCAGUAUGCAGGGGUACAUUCUGUCAUCGUUCUUCUAUGGCUAUGUCAUCACGCAGAUUCCGUUCGGUCUGCUCGCCAAAAAGUACGGCGCCAUGAAGUUCCUCGGCUGGGGUAUGCUGGUCAAUUCGGUGUUUGCGUUUGUGGUUCCGGUAGCGGCCCGCCAGGGCGGAGCCCCCUGGUUGAUUGUGAUUCGCUUCAUCCAGGGCUUGGGCGAAGGCCCAAUUGUGCCGUGUACGCAUGCGAUGCUCGCCAAAUGGAUCCCUCCGACCGAGCGAUCGCGAGUGGGAUCGAUCGUGUAUUCAGGUGCUCAAUUUGGAACGGUGAUAUCGAUGCCACUGUCGGGUCUGCUGGCAGAUUAUGGCUUCGACGGUGGUUGGCCUUCGAUUUUCUACGUGUUCGGUAUCAUCGGUACGGUGUGGUCAGUGGCAUUCCUGAUGACCUGUCACGAGGACCCAAUCACGCACCCCUCGAUUGCGGAGGACGAACGUAAAUACAUCCAGCAGGCGCUGUGGGGUAAAGCCGGAGUUAACAUUCCUCCCAUUCCAUGGAAGUCGAUCGUUCGAUCGAUGCCUUUCUACGCCAUUCUGUUGGCGCAUUUAGGUCAGAACUAUGGCUACGAAACGUUGAUGACUGAACUGCCCACAUACAUGAAGCAGGUGUUACGCUUCUCGAUCCAGGCGAACGGAACCCUCUCAGCUCUGCCCUACCUAGCGAUGUGGAUGUUCUCGAUCGUGGUUGGUUGGGUGGCCGAUUGGAUGCUAACGUCGGGUCGUUUCACGCACACCACAACGCGCAAGAUCUCAAACAGUGUCGGUCAGUAUGGUCCGGCGAUUGCGCUCAUCAUCGCGUCCUACACGGGCUGCAAUCGAGCAUUGACGGUGGCCAUCCUCACGAUCGGUGUUGGCCUGAACGGUGGUAUCUAUGCCGGCUUCAAGAUCAACCAUCUCGAUAUUACGCCCCGUUAUGCUGGCAUUCUGAUGGCCAUUACCAACUGUUCCGCUAAUUUAGCUGGUCUAUUAGCACCGAUCGCAGCUGGCAACAUCAUUGAGGGAAAGCCAACGAUCGGUCAAUGGAGGAUCGUAUUUGUGAUAUCGGCCGCGGUGUACAUCUUCACCGCCACGUUCUACAACUUCUUUGCGUCUGGCACGCGCCAACCCUGGGACAAUCCGGAAACCGACGAACCUCAAAAACCCGCCUCAAUAGAAGCUGCGCUGCCAGUGUACGAGAAUGGUCACAAUCCGGCGGCGACGAACGGAACAACACCGGUGACGACGGUGACGCACCGAACGAGUGUACCCGAUCAGAGGCAGUAGAGUCGCAAGAAAGUUAUAGGCUGUGUAGUGAUAGGAUUUCUCAGAGUUUAGGAAAGACAAUAGGAAAUAGUUGGGACGAUUUUGAUGCCUUGAUUCAGAAAUAUUUGCUGGCUAAUAGUUGUUGCUUUAAAUUAACCUAUAUUUAAUUGUUAAUCAUGCUAUCGUCGGAUAGGUAGAUACAUUCAGCGAGUGACUAUCUAGUUAAGUUUAUCCGGAACAUUACCUUAUGUUAUCAUGAUGAUGAGGGGUUAUCCCAGAGUAGGGUAUUUAUACGAAAGUUUGUUCACCAAAUGCAUCAAAUCGGAUUUUAAACUGCCUCAAUUAUCGGCCCCACCGGGGGCUAGAGUAUAGGGCAAAAUAAUUAUUCAGUAGACCAUCGAUUCCACAGUGGCGCAAUAUAGAGCCAAACUAUUAUCAGGUUGUGCAAUUUUUUUGCAUCAAAACACCCACAAUGCUAGCGAUGAUAAAACAUCAGCAGAAGCGCGUAUACAAUUUACUGUAUAGAUGAAAACAAACGAAUCAUAUCUAUUUUUUGACUUUGUACAUAUUUAAGAGAAUGCAAAGCAGCACAAAAGUAGGAACAAUACAAAUAGUAUCAGGCGUACUCUUUACAGGUUGAUAAUAAAAAAUGAUAAUUAUUACAGAAAAUGGCGAGCAGUGCCACAGAAACAAA